AUGCCUAAGGUCCCACCGCAGACUGAUACGCAUUUCUUCAGCGAGGUUGAACAGCACUGUAAUUUCGACGCACUCGUAGCUUCUGCCGUUGGCAAUAUCCAUUGCGCUUCUGAAAGCGAAAAGAGACGUCCAGACAUGGCUUCGAAAGUGACAGGAACCAGCAGCGCCGAAGGGUCGCAGAAUAUAUAUGACACUGCAGACUUUUUCGACCAGUAUAUCAAGUUGGACCGGCAGAAACUUGGCCUCGAGGGUGCUCCGGAAUGGCCUCGCUUGCGGGCGAUGCUACCAGACUCUCUAGAUAGUCUCCGGAUGCUCGACCUCGGCUGCGGUAUGGGCUGGUAUGCGCGCUACUUUGCUGAGAACGGUGCCGCCCACGUCCGAGGGAUUGACAUUUCCGAGAACAUGCUGGACAAGGCACGAGCUCUAAACAAGACGGAUGCCAUCGAGUACAUGAAGGCAGACUUGGAGGAGCUCAAACUGCCCGAAGGAGAGUACGAUGUCGUCUUCAGCGCAUUGGCGUUUCACUAUCUAGUCAACUUGCCGGAACUCAUCCAGGAGGUGUCCAGGGCGCUGAAGCCGAAGGGCAGGCUCGUUUUCUCAAUCGAGCACCCUAUAUACUUGGGGCCGACGAAAGGGGGCUUUGUCACGAUAGAAGACGGGCGCAAGAUCUGGCCGCUGGAUGCGUAUCAGAGGGAAGGGCUGAGAAUCCGGAACUGGUUUGUGGAUGGGGUCAGGAAACAGCACCGCACGCUGGGAACAUAUAUCAACCUGCUGCUGGACUCGGGGUUCGAGCUCACCGAUUUCGUGGAGUGGUGUCCGACUGAAGAAGAUGUCAAGCGGUCGCCUGGCUGGGAAACCGAGUUCAUCAGACCGACAUUCCUACUGGUUGGCGCAGUGAAGAAGUGA